CUUACAACCACUUUACAAAUUGCUACAUGAAAGCGAAAUACAUUUUACAAUUCAGUGUCUCGCAAUGACGAACCUAAAUGUUUUAUUGCAAAUCUUAUUAAAAACUUAUUUUUUCAACUCGCGGUGCAUUUUUUUGUUUACCGAUACAGCAAUCGAUCUGCAAGUGGAAACACCGAUCGUUCGCUUGAAAGUAAACAACACAUUAAAUCCUCAUUUGAUUUUCCAACAUCACGGAUGCCAGGACAUCCUUAUUCAUCAUGAAAAUGCGUCCGAUAUUUUUGUCCAAUUUGAAAAUUUAAUCAGACUACACAGCGAACGCUUCAAUGCAAGGAGAUACAUUGUGACAGGGCAAAACUCCCUACAAAUUCUUCUCACAAAAGAAUUAGAAUAUGUGAGUGACCUCCUGCUAGUUGUACCGAAUGAUGGCGAAUAUUUCGAAAUGAUAACUCACACAUACGGACACAAAAUCAAUGAACCCGUACUUUUGGACAUUUGGUACUCGCACAAUUACACUUUUGAACGCGGAAACGAUAUGUUUCCAAACAAACUGUCCAACCAGAAUGGCCGCACUUUCAAAAUUGGUACCUUCACGUACGAGCCAUACUCAAUCACAGGUACCGAUGAUUAUUCUUUCCACGGUACUGAAACCAGCCUGGUUUAUGAAUUCGUGCGUAAGUACAACCUGACCCCUUCUUUCACCGUUAUCGGUGAUGAAUUGUGGGGCGACAUUUAUGACAAUUGGACUGGAAUUGGCCUUUUAGGGAGUGUUUUAGACGAUUCUGUUGACAUAGGAUAUGCUGCUGUGUACACUUGGGAAGAUUACUAUAAGUUUAUGGACUACACAAAACCUUUGACAAGAACUGGAAUUACCUGCAUAGUACCAGCACCUCAACUUGCAGCGGGAUGGUUCACUCCCUUACGGUCUUUCUCACUGGAAAUGUGGAUUGCUUUACUCGUAGUACUACUGUCUGAUGCAGUUGUAUUAAGUCUUAUCUUUUAUGGAGACCACAACAAACGGUUUGUCACCGACUCCAUCAUGACUUUAAUCAAGCUUUAUUUACUCCAAUCGCUCACAAUCCCAUUGAAAGGAAAAUUGCUAAAGUACUUCAUUGCCAUGAACAUGAUAAUGGUUUUGCUCAUCUCAAGUUCGUACAGUAGUGGCUUAUCAAGCGUAAUGACUGUACCUCGAUACGAUAAAGCCAUUAGAACUAUCAAAGAUCUGGCCUCUAGUGGGCUACCUUGGGGCGCUACUUCAGAUGCCUGGCUUAUUUCUUUGCGCCAAGUGAAUGAAGAAGAUUAUAAAAUUAUCAAAAACAGGUUUGUGGUUAAAAAGGAAGACGAUUUAACUGCUUCGUCUAGAUUACAUAACUUUGGGUUCUCUCUUGAACGCUUACCCUACGGCCAUUACGCUGUCGGGCCUUAUAUUAAGCCCGACGUCAUUGCUAAUUAUCGGAUUAUGCAAGAAGAUAUUUACUGGGAACAGUGCAUUUUUGUCAUUAGAAAAAAUUCAGUGUUGUUGUCUUUGCUCGACAAUUUAAUUUUAAGGGUUUUUGAAGCCGGUUUAGAAGCUUAUUGGGAGAACGAAGUCGUUUCUCAAUUUAUGGAUAUGUCGGUUCAAAGAGGAAUAAAAUUCUAUACCCACCACACAAACGAACACGACAUUGUUAAACUCAAGUGGGUACACGUAGAGGGUGCUUUCGCUGUUCUAGUUCUGGGCUACAUUACAUCAGUUCUCGCGUUUUUAAUAGAAUUUUUAAGGGAUAAUACCACAAAUAAAAAACGAGUUUAUGUGGAAUAA